AUGCUAGGCGUGUGGGUGUGGGCGUGCGUGGUGGCGGCGGCGGCGGCUCUGCAGCCUCGCUGUGAGGAGAUCACCAUUCCCAUGUGCCGUGGUAUAGGAUACAACCUCACCUCCUUCCCCAAUGGGCUCGACCAUGACACGCAGGACGAGGCCGGCCUGGAGGUGCACCAAUACUGGCCACUCGUGGAAAUUAAAUGUUCGGCCGACUUAAAAUUCUUCCUGUGUUCUGUGUACACACCUAUAUGCUUCGAGGACUACGCCAUGCCGGUGCCGGCUUGCCGCAGCGUGUGCGAGCGUGCCCGGGCCGGCUGUGCGCCGCUCAUGCAAAAGUACGGUUUCCAGUGGCCCGAGCGAAUGGCUUGCGAGAAACUGCCCCGGCUCGGGGACCCCGACCAUCUCUGCAUGGAGGAAAACGAUCGCGCGCAGGAACCCGAGCCGCCGCGGCCGCCGCCUCGCCGGCCGUACAAGAACCACUGCAAGGAUCCAAAAAACUGCGAAAGCGGCCCGGCUGCAAGCCCGGGCGAGGUCGCAAGCGAGGAGUGCGCGUGCGCGUGCCGUCCGCCGCUGGUGAGCGUGCGCGCCCUGCACAACGCCAGCGCGCGCACGGCCGGCGUGCCCGGCUGCGCGCUGCCGUGCCGCGGCCCGUACUUCACUCGCGAAGAGAAGGACUUCGCGGCCGUGUGGGUGGCGCUGUGGGCCGGCCUCUGCGCCUUCUCCACCCUCAUGACGCUCACGACCUUCGUCAUUGACUCGCAGCGCUUCAAGUACCCCGAGAGACCGAUCGUCUACCUCUCCGCUUGCUACUUCAUGGUGGCCAUCGGGUACCUUGCGCGCCUCGUCGUCGGCCACGACGAGAUCGCCUGCGACGGGGCGCUGCUCAAGACCUCCUCGAACGGCCCGAGCGCCUGCACCCUCGUCUUCGUCCUCGUCUACUUCUUCGGUAUGUCGUCGUCGAUAUGGUGGGUGGUCCUGUCGUUCGCCUGGUUCCUCGCGGCCGGCCUCAAGUGGGGCAACGAAGCGAUCGCGGGCCACGCCCAAUACUACCACCUCGCCGCCUGGUUGAUCCCGGCCGCCAAGACCGUCGCCGUGCUGUUGGCCGGCGCCGUCGACGGCGACCCCGUGGCCGGGAUUUGCUACGUCGGUAACACUUCUUCCGAGAAUCUGAAACGCUACGUCCUGGCGCCGCUGAUAGUGUACUUCGCCCUCGGAGCGACCUUCCUGCUGGCCGGCUUCGUGUCCCUAUUCAGGAUACGGUCGGUGAUCAAGAGGCAGGGCGGCAUCGGCGCCGGCUCCAAGGCGGACAAGCUCGAGAAGCUGAUGAUCCGCAUCGGCGUGUUCAGCGUGCUCUACGCGGUGCCGGCGGGGGUCGUCAUCGGCUGCUUCGCGUACGAGGCGGGAGGCCGCGAGGACUGGCUGCAGCGCGUCGCGUGCGGGUCGGCCUGCGGCGGCAAGCCCGUGUACUCGGCGCUCAUGCUGAAGUACUUCAUGGCGCUGGCUGUGGGCAUCACGUCGGGCGUGUGGAUCUGGUCAGGCAAGACGCUGGACUCGUGGCGCCGCGUGUGGCGCGGAGGCCGAGCGCCGGCGCCCGCGCACCGCGCUCUCGUGAAAGGCACCGUGUGA